CUCAUCAGAGUCAAGGAGAGAGAUGAACCAGCCUGCUCGCCAUCCGAACGACUGUGAAUGCUCACGUCCACCCUCUUCUCCCUCGUGUAUCACGCACCAGCCCCUUUUCUCUCACUGUCACCCAGCUCUGGAUACAUACCACGCAGCGACGACACACUGCAAACACACGUGUUAGUCGCCGUCGCUCGCCUGCCAGCAAAUCUCUGCGUAGCCUCGCUCCGUGUAUACCACGCCAAAGGCAGGCUGACAUCUCACCAACACCAUCAAUUAACAUUCACACGACCCUGAGAGACUCUGCGGCACACAGAGAACACUCGCCCACUGGGAGCUUUUCAUUGGUCCUUCUGCUUCUCUUUGUUCCCUGGCCCCUUGUUCGCGUCGACGUGGACUGCCCGUCCCGUUCAAGAUCCAUCCAGCGUUACCAAUUCAAACGUUGGCCUCAUCACCAGCACUGCCGACGGCUGGCGCACGUCACGACAUGACAUGUCAAAUUCCCAUCAAGGUGAACAAGGUCGUCGACAUUCUUCUGUGAAUUCGACCGCCUCCGCAAUCAUGGCGGAGAAGCAAGAGGGCCAUUACCUCACCAAAGAGGAAUGUGCGCCAAAACAGGAUCCCUUUCAACAUGAGCCAGCCAAGCUCAUUGUCUCCCGUGAGAAGCCGCACAACUGGAUGAUCCAAGAUCGCGCAGAGCGUGAAGGCGUCCUACUUGACGCUCAAGGGGAAUUGAUCCCUGAUACUGCUCGGCAAUCACAGUCAGCGUCACAAUCGCCAACCCUUCGCAGGCAGUCUCGCUCGUCAGCCUCGUUCUCACGAGCUUCUGCUGAGAUUGGUGAACCGAACAGCCCCAGCAAAGGCGGUCACACCUUACGCAGGAAACCUCGCGUCAACUAUGCCCUUGAAGCUGAGCAGAUGGAAGAUGGACCCAUGGUGCCGAAUUCGACUUCAUCAAGCCGCCUCAAAAGCCGUGACAAUCACUCGGAGGUCGAAAAUUUCAGACUGAAGCAACAACAGCACGGGGCACUGGUGAAGCAGGAAUUUAAGCAUGAGCCAGAAAAGCACACAUGCUCCGAUCUCUGUGAGCCAAAGAAGGGGCAGCCUCAGCGCAUAUCCUGUAAAGGCGCGAUUUCGAUGCUUUCGAUGCCGUCUGAGCCCAUCGAGCGGUACGAGAUUUACGGUGACACAUAUCGUGAGCUCCACGGCAAUCGCAGGCUCUUCAGCGAAUACCGACCUUACAUUAUUAACUGCCAAAAGUUGAUCAAACCAGCAUCAGGCGGCUGUUUCUACGUCACAUGGUUUGGCAUUGAGGACCAGAAGUUGACCAGCAUGGACUGGAACCAGCGAUCAACUCUGCUGAGACUUGCUGUUGAGCCAACCAUUACCAAGGGAUUCUGCGACGCCGAUGUUCCACCCUGGGCAUUGGGUCGCAUGUCUCGACGCGAGGAACUCCCAGGGCUACAGUGGAAGUCCAUCGAGCCUAGAGAGUAUGGCUUCCCCUGGGGUGAGAUAGAUGCCCUUCCCCAGAACCAUCCCGUCGAACCUGGAUCCACGUCUGAAUCCGCAACCAAAACAUCCACCCCGACGCCCAUCGAUCCAGAACUAGCAGAACCUUCCGGCAAUGGAAGUCGUGCCGCGACCCCAAACAGCACUAACACGUCAAUCAAUGCCGAGCAACGUCCCGCAGCCGCGCAAGAACGGGACCAGAAGCUGUUGGGGAGCAAAGGAUCGUCACCCAGCCACUCCCGGCCAAAUGAGCAGAAGAGCGUAGAAGAAGCAGGGGGGGGGGAGCACAAGCCUCAGGCUGAAUCUGAGCACCGUACCAAACAGGAAUCACCAGACGCCAAACUUGUAUCGCCACAACCGUCCGAGAUACCGCGCGUACCUUCUUCAAGCGACUCAGCUCUAAGCACAGACCUGAGCGACGAGCAUAUUCGCUCACAGCUGGGGUCACUCAGAUGGUGCGCAGAGCAGCCUCGGCCACCCAGUCCGUGGGGUCACUUGACACCGUAUGUUUGGGGCGAGUACUCUGUUUAUCCUGAGCAAAAACCCCGACCUCAGGAGGAGGAUGCCGCUAGUGACGAGCAGUCCCCCGAGGAGAAGGAGUCCGGAAAAGACAGUGGCAUUGACCUCGAUGCCGUCGCCGACGACAUGAUAGACGCGCAGGGUCCUCCCACUGAACUGGCAACGCCUGCGCUCAACACUCCGACCCGCGGAUCGCCGGUUCUCGACGCUGGUGAGCUCACAUCGUUCAAUUCUCCGGUCAUCGCGGCGGACGAGGUGGACAGCAACGAUACGUCCGAGUCGCAGGAGGCUUCCGUCGCGAAAUUGAAACACUACAAGCUCCGCAAAAUACAGGACGUCGAUGUUUUUCUCAGCGCGGCCGAGGACUACCAGGACAAGUCCAACGAGGAACUUCUGGCUCUGGCCUACGCACUGACGGACUGCAUGAACACUUGGCAAGAGGAGUAUGCCGAGGAACAAAGGCGGGUAGACGACUGCGAAAAUGCAGAGCGGCGCCGACUGGCUGACAACAAAUACGAGACCCGCACCAAGGACCUGGGACAAGAGGGCAUCAACUGGGAGGAGCCUGACUUCCAGGUCAAGGGUUACAAGGCAAAGGCAAAGGAGGCUGUCGUCACCGAGACGCGCUACCUCCAGGCCCAGGACCGCAUCAUGGCCAGCGCCUAUGGCUUCGAGUACGAUCCGCAUCCGUCCAAGAUUGGCAAGCAGAACCCCGAGAUGCAGCAAGCGGGCUUCUCCACGCGAGGCCGAUCCCUGCGCAACCAGCCCAAGCCCACCGUCAAGGCCACCGAGACAGAGGGCGUGACUGGCAAGAGGCAGCGCAAGCCUGUGCAGCUGUUCGAGCCGGCCGCCCAUGAUGCGAGCCGCGCUGCCACGCCCGUCCCAACCUCGGGCCGUGGGCGCAGACGCAAGAAUGCCGACGCUGAUAUCGUCGACGGCGGCGAACCGUCAUCUAGCUUCAAUGGCGGGAACAACUCGGAUGCGGAGACGCCAGGUACUGGACGCCGCAAGCGUGCGGCCCGAACCAGAGUGCGCAACGACGAUGCCGACUCCAUGAUCCAAGAUGAGCGAUAUGAGGCGCUCAAGCCUGCUGCAGCUCGUCGCAACAGAGGCAAGGUCACCAUCAGGGCUGACCACCAACCCUCUGUUCGCGUCAGCAAGGCUGAUGGCCGAUUCCUCAUCACCUUUCGACUUCCCCAGUCUGACAAGCACAGACGACCCUCGCUGCCUCUCAGCGACAACGGCGAGUCUCGACCGUCCACUGCCGACUCAGCCGCCACUGUUGAAUCAAGCUACUCAUUCAGGCCGAACCGUCAAAAGCGUUUCCGCGCUGCGCUGGAGGACAACCCUGAAAGCGCCACCGCGCCUCCCCGGAAGAGAGUCCGUAAGGCUGGCCCGGAUGUUGGUGACCGGGAUGAAUACAUGGAGACGGUCAUCCCACUUCCCGCACCAGACUUGAGUCAGCAGAGCCAUGCCCCGAAAGCGCCCAAGAUCAAGGUGCGUCGUGGUUCCAAGGGUCCAUCCCCCGAGACGCGCACAGGCACCCCAACGUCUCAACCCACGACGGAGGGUGGCGAUGACUCGUCUAAGGAGUAUCGAGCCAUGACCAAGUCAGAGAAGAUGUCCGCGUCCAUGAAGAACCGUUGGGCCAACGGGAACAUGGCUGGUGCCGUCGAGAAGCGCAAGGCCACGCUCGCAGCCAAGAAACUGCAGCAGGCCGCCGCCGAGCAGCGAGUCGGUCCUCUCGCCCCCAAGCCAAAGGGCAAGCCGGCCAAGAAGAUGGACCAAGUGCCUCUGCCCGGGGAGAAUCCAGCCUUCAUGCAUUCUCGCCCCGUGUCGCAGCCGCCACCGCCUGCCCAUCAACAUCAUGAGAUGCACCAGCCUAUGCAUCACCAGCUGCCGCCGCCGCCGCAGCAGCAGCAGCAACAACAACACCAUCAUCAUCAGCCACUGCCUCCGCAGCAGUAUGCGGUCCAGCCUCCUCCGCACCAUGUGCAGCAAGCCAUUCCCCCCCACUAUCCUCCUGAAUAUGCUCCCGGUCACCAGCUUGGCCAUCAUCAGCACGCCGUACAUGGCCGACCUACGCAUGCGCCUCCACCGGGAAUGCAUCCUGCCCAAGCCCAGCAGAGCUUGCCUCCCGGCUAUCGACCGUUCGGUCACCACGAGUACGCACCAUACCGGGGAUAAAAAUACCCCGAUUUGAAAGACAAGUGUUACUUUGCAAGUGUCAAACUACGCAAUAAUCAUAGCAAGGCGAAGAAUGCCUAAAUCUACUCAUGUCAGAGACAUGUCUUCACUGCCCUCGACCUGCAAUCCCAUGUACAAACAACACAACCCUCCUGGUUAACCCGUCUGGUCGAGGCCCAGGAGAGGACGAAGCGAGCACGCACGCACGCACACGACACGCAACGAAUUGGAAACUCAGCAGCAGCCUAUUGUCUACAUUGGCUUAUUUUGUCAGAAGUCUUUCUCUACUGACUACUUGCAUCAUGGGGUGUCAAAAGGCUUGACACCGAGCGAUUCUUCUGUAGCUCCACUCCAGGCUCACUAUGCUUUCAUCACCAUGGGCACUGCGAGGGGGCUUUAUCAAUGGCGUUCAGGAAAGGAAAAGAGCAGCAUUUUUUACUUUUGGGGGCCUCAGUUGGAAUGAAUAGUAUACGCGGGCAAGAUAGUAAUACC